AGACACGAAAAAGAAUUAGUCAUGCGUAGCAGGUACACCUGUAUUCGUUGAUGUUUACUUGUCGACCAUUAGUGUAUGUGUGUAAAGGGACCAUAGCACAUCAGCUUUAAUGUAACUCCCUUAUUCAAGACACCUUCAUACACCUGGAAUACAAGUGAAUUAUUUGGAUAUCAUGGAUGCAGGCAAAUACGACCAACUUGCUAAUAAAGCGGAAGUGCAUUACAAUAGACGGGCGAGCAGCUAUGAGGAGGAGUUGCAGGCUAAAGGCUAUCAAGGACCAGUUACUGCAGCCAGAGCAUUGGCGGGGGUACUUACCGAGGACAGGAAGGGGAAAGUCAUCCUAGAUAUUGGUGGAGGAACGGGUCUUGUUGGAGUGGAGUUGGUGAAGGAAGGAUUUGAGACAAUAGAUAUUUUAGAUCCAGCUGAAAUGAUGCUGGCAGUUGCACGGCAGAAACGUAUUUACAGGAAUGUUAUUACAUCGACAGUAAACGGACUCAACUCGACGCCCCUAAAAAGAGAUAGUUACGAUGCUGUUCUUUGUGUCGGUGUAAUAUGCAUGGCUGGACCAGGUUUUACAUGUCCAGACCUCGAGGAGGUGAUUCGAGUAGCUAAACCAGGCGGAAUUAUAGUUAUGACACUUCGGACAGAAACCUUAUACUCAAACUUGUACAGGGACAAACUGCUGCCAUUUUGCGACAAACUUCAGGCGGACGGAGCUUGGAAACUUCUAGAACGGUCAAAGUUUGAUUACAUGCAUGGCGUUGAGGGACAGUUGUUUAUAUAUCAAAAGCUGUAAUAUGUUGAUGUUUAUAUCUUCUGCAUGAUUUUCUUUCUUUUUUUAUUUAAUUUGAAUUGCAUUUCGUUUUAAUAAAGAAACACUGAAAAACGUCUAAUGAAAAACAAAUAAUGGGCUAUUUAUAUACUUAACUAUUUAAGUAGUUAUUUUGUACCGAGCUUUCACUUUUACAUUUAUGUGAUGUUGACCGAAAUUUCCACGGUAGCUAGUGCACGUCCUUUUGUUGUAGAAAACCAUUUGCUUUCAACUGAAUUUGUUUAAAAAAGGAGUUGAUAUUAUAUCUUCAUUUGGCAUUAACUUGACUGACUGUAACAGAUAACAUUAAUUUCAUUUUUCAGAUUGAAAAUUUGUACUUUGUACUAUUUGUACUAUCAGACAAACAACAAGUAUUACAUAACUGAUUUACUCUAUCAUUCAAAGUAAAAUUAAAUGAACGGCAGCGUUGACACCUCACAUACUUCUAUGUUUAGUGUUAUUCCUAUUUGUGUCAACCUCAGUUUUUUUCAUACCAUUAUGAUAAGUACAUCGGGAUCUAUUAUGGUGUUGUUUGAAUCAUUGGAGUUAUGUAACAUUUUACCUGUAUUCUCAGCCCAGACUUUCGCUGUACUAGGCUUAGGUCAGGAUAAGCGGGAAACGACAAUACUUCUUUACAGACCCUAUGAUAAAUUACAAUGCAGUACACACUGCACAGGUAAUUUAAUAGAUCACACAUCACCAAACACUAACCUAAAACUUCAUAAAACAUCUUAUAUGUGUUUUCUCUGUUGGGUUUACUCACUCCAUAUAUUACUUCAUAUAUAUAUUUUAUUACUUAAUAAAUAUUAAAUAUUUACACUU